GUAAUGAAAAAAAAUUCUUUAGAUCGCCAAGCAAUAUAAAACUUAUUUGCAAAUAUUGACAAUCAAUUUAAAAAAUAGCUCUUAUCCACCAACUGUUUCUCUUUACACUAAAUUCCAACAUCAGAAGAAUUAACUACUCUUUUUAAUACUUUUGAAAAAAGUAAUUUUAGCAAAAAAGGUGCAUGGACCCCUAGCUAAGACAAAUUAUUAAAUUUUGUUGUGUUUGGAGUAUGUUUAUCAUAUCAUAUACUUCCUCAUGAUUUGGUAUAAAAUAUUCAUAUAUUAUAGAUGAUAUAAGAUUGGGAAAGAAUAUCUAAAUUGAUAAUUAAUCAUAAUUGGAAGGCCUGUAGAAAUAGAUGGCUUUAGGAUAAAUAAGCUAAAGCAAGUUGGACUUUGGAGGAAGACAAAGCCCUUAUCUAACUAUAUAAUUAAUAUCCAAAUAAAUGGUGUGAUAUAGCUAUUGAAUUAAUGAAGAAAUGUCAAACCCCUUAUGCUAGAUAAGGAAAAUAAUGUCGGGAUAGAUGGGUUAAUAAAUUAGACCCUAAUAUUAAAAAGUAAAUCGUUUUUUUAUAAUUUAUUUAGGGAUCCUUGGACUAAAGAAGAAGAGUUGAUGUUAUUUUCAGAAGUAAAGAAAAAGGGCAAGAGAUGGGCAGAAAUUUCAUUAUCAAUAUUUUAAUUAAGAAGAACUGAAAACACAAUAAAAAACAGAUAUUAUAAUCUGAUCAAGUAGGAAUAAAAUAAAAUCAAAUUGGGUAAAAUGAGUAAUGAUGAGAAGGAAUAUUUUGUGAUGAAUAAAAUAAUUAAGGAACUUUAAGAGAAGCUUUAUUAAAAUUAACAUAAUUGUCUUGAUGAUACUAAUCAGAAACAAAUAAUAAGCUCAAAUUUUAAAAUUUCUUAGUUUUCGUAACAAAUUUGUAAUAUUGAAUGUAUUGUAAUGGUAAAAGGAAGGAAAUUAGUUAAACUUAAUUGA